AUGUCAUCAUCUUCUGCUCCCUCGACUCCCAUGAAAACUGAUUGUGAAGAAUCCUGGGAAAUUCAAGGACUCAAAAUGGAUCUGGAAACUGAGAGAAAUGAGAUUCAAAAGCUCACGGAGCAAUUGAAUAACGCCGAGCUGAAAAAUUCGAUAAUCAGUCAAAAAAUGGAUAUAGUGGAAUGCGAAAAAGUGGAGAUUUACAAUGAUUUAGUGAGAAAUGAGAAUGAGAUGAAGUGUCAAGACAUGGAGAUUGACCAACUGGAAGCCUGGAUUCGUAUGGCUGAGAAAUUGUUGAAGGAGCAGAAAGAGCAGUUGGAGGAGCUCCGUGCUAUUCAGGAGAAGGAGAAGCCAUGGAACUACAAUAUGUCUUGGGGAGUUAUUCAUGAAGAAAUGAAGCAAGUCUUCAGAAUUUGUACAAUUAGGGAUUUGAAGGGCUAUAGAAAGAAUGAAAGUAACUGA